AUGUUGUGGAAAAAGUUAUCAAUCUUCUUGCCCAGCCUGGCUCGUUGUUGGGAUUUCUCCGUGGCGGUCUACGGUGGUCGAAAGAAUCUGACAGAAGCUUAUGUAAUCAACCCGAUAGAGGGAACUACCGACGCCCUUGGAGAUGAGCAUUUGUUACCUGGCCUCGGGCGAGUGUACCACACGAUAGAAGUGUUGAAUAAUGUCACUUAUCUGAUAGGAGGACAAGAACCUUCUGGUAAUCAAACUGGAAUGGAACCAAGUGAUCUUGUCUUCUCAAAAACCGCUAAAAACUCCCCUUGGGAGCUUUUGCCAAACUCGAAAAUGUCAUUUCCGCGAGCUCGUAUGGCGAGUACGAUUUUCAACGGCCGCAUUUGGGCAUGUGGUGGUCGAGGUGGAGCUGCUUUCGAGUCGCUCACCGUUUGUGAAAGUUUCAACGGAACACAUUGGUUUAGAGAAGCGAGCCUUUUCGGUGGAAUAGGAGUGCCUGCCUCACAACAAGGUCGCGACAGAUUCACAAUAUCGACCACCUCGGAAGGGAUGAUCGCGAUUGGUGGCCACAACUCGUUCUUGGGCGAGCCGCAAAAGUCCACUGAAAUCUACCAAGGUGGCGAAUGGAGCCCCGGUCCGACGCUUCCUGAAGCGCGCUACGGCCACCAAACAGUAGUUUACAAAGACGCCGUUUUCGUCUUCGGCGGUUUGGUGGAAAAUAGAGCGGCGAUUCUGAAGCUGGACAACUUCCAAAGCUACUGGUCGCCUGUCGGCCGGAUGGUCAAUCCGGUUAGACUCAAGUUUAAUGCGAUUUUGAAAGGGCCUGAAGUAUUUAUCUAUGGUGGCAAAUGCGAGAGGAUUGGAAAGCGCAAAUUUCGCAAACAGGAAACGUACGAUGUUUGCGAUCCCCAAGUGGAAAUAUUCAGCCUCGCCAGUUACCGUUCGAAGGCAGUUGAUUUUGAUUUUCCUGGGAAUUCUGACGCUCAAGCAAUUUUAUACGAAAAAAUUGAAGCUACAGGAGUUGAAGAAAAGCCUCAACCAGCCGCGGUUGUUGAUGUUCUCGCGGACACAAACGGUGAACCCGACAAUAACAAGACAAGAAAUACUUUGGGAAAUGACGACGAGGACGAAGCGAUGAAAUCGGAUGAUCAAAAGGUGUCUGAGCCUGUGGAGUUGCUGCUGGAUUUUGUUGAACAGAAAGACAAUCGAAAAGACGGUGAGUUCGAAGAAAUCGAAGAAUUCGAGGAAAUUGAAGUUUUUCCAAAUUACUCGGAAGAAGAGUACGAAAGUGAAGAGUACGAAAUCAGCAUUCCCUCGCUCUUGCCGAGUUUCAGCUUGCCGAAAGGAAACCUAGAAGAUCUUCUGAGCAUCAGAAAACGGCCAAAUUUGCCGUUUUUGUUUGAAGAGCAACCGGUCGAGGAGGAAAAGGAGCGUAAAACGGUCUCUGAGGUAAGUAAACUUGAAAAAUCUGAGUUUUCAGGAGUCGGAAAUUUUCAAACAAGAACAAGUGUCGGAACUGGAAUCUCUUGCUGGAGUUGUAAUAGCGCAGAUCCAUCAACGUGCGCAUCAUCCUUCACGACGUGCGCCCCCGGAGAAGUCUGCUAUCUUCGCGUAGAAAUGUACGACCGAGUGACUACCAGGAUUUCUGCUGGUUGCGCAGCGUCGGACGCCUGCGAGACUCAGAAGGCUCAGAACUUCCGCUUCAAUCUGCCGCAAACUCUUUCUCGGUUGAACCAGUGCCGUCCGCUCACUCCGUAUGUUGCUUCUGUUUGUCGACAGUGCUGUGCGACGGCGAAUUGUAAUAGCAACAUUCCCUCGGAUCUGAAUGGAUGGCUCUAA